UGACAACAAGCUGUGAUAUGAGUGUUUAGCCAGCAUGAACCUGCUCUCAGCCUCAGGAGAGGAGCUGAAAGUUGCCCUCCAGGAUCCUGGGACAGAGACAAACAACAUUAAACAGCUUCUAGACGAGUUUAAGGGACUUUACGAGCAGAGGUUGAGAUGUCUGGAGCUGGACACCACUGUAACCCGAGAGGAGUUACUGCAGAAGAAAGUGAAUUUCCUGUGGUCUUACGUGAGUGACCUCGCAGACCAGAACCAGGUGCUGGUUCAGACCAUCGAGGAUCUGCAGAAGGAGGCCGACUACAAGGAUUCCAAUCGGGGAAUGAAGCGCCGCACCUCUGAUCGUAUUUUGGACGUGUCUGAGGCUGAUCUGAGGACUUUGUUGCUGGAUGAGCUUGUUGGACCUGCGGCUCACGUCCCACACAGUACUGGUUCCUUGGUCCAGAUUGCAUCGGAGUUAGAAGACCUGAAAAUCCAGUUGCAAACCAAGGACAUGGUCAUCUGCGAUCUGGAGAAGGAGCUCGGAGAGAAUCUCCAGCAGAAGCAAAAGAGUGCAACACAGGUGCUGGAAAGUAGCGAGAGGCUGGUGCACCUGCAGAGCGAGCUCUCGUGUCUGCAGCGGAUCCAGAAAGACAACAUGAAGGAGAUCGCUGAGAAAGACGUCUGCAUCACCAAACUGCAGGCUAACGUUGAGCUGCUGCAACAAGAGGGAGCUGACACACGCGCUCAGCUCUCCAAGCUGAGUGUGAGGGCGAGGGAGCUUCAGGAGGAGCUGAAGAGGAAAGAGGAGGAAUGGAGGCAAAGAGAAGACGAACUGAGACGCAAAUGUGAAAAGGAGCAUCAGAAAGCAGAGGAGUGGAGGAGGCAGGAGCAACAGAAGAGGGAGGAGGAGAGGGUGAAGAGAGUGGCGGAGGAGAAGAAGAGGGAGGAAGAGUGGAAGAGGGGCGUUGUGGAGGCCCAUGCUCAAGCUGUUAAAAAGUGGGCUGAGAAGGCGGCUAUUCUGAAUUCUGAGUUGGAGGUCAGCAGGAAGCAGGUGGAGCGACAGAACAGGAAGCUGUCAGAGUCUCACCAGAAGGAGGAGAUGCUUCUCUCUGAGGCCGAGGCCAAAAUGGUGUCUUUAAGGGACGAGCUCGGUGCCUUGUUCGAGAUGAGGAUGGAGGAGAAAGAGGCGAGGAUUAACCAACUAAUUGAGACGCUGAAUGGAGCGAGACAAAAGAUGAAAGCGAGAGAGGAGCAUGUGAGGCACCUGGACCAGGAUGUGGUUGGUUUGCGAGCCACACAGGACUCUCUGAAGGGAACCUUGGCCAUGAAGGAGAAACACACACAACAGCUGGUCCUAGACAACGCACAGCUCAAAGAAAGCCGGGCUUCACUGCAGAGCAAAUUACAAACCACUGAGUGCAUGUUGAGUGACAUCAGUGAAACCCUGGAUCAGACCAAAACCAGCCUGGACACGGAGAGACAGCAGAGGCAGCUGAUCCAAGACCAGUUGCACCAUGCCAACAAAGAGAUGGAGCAUCUGCAGCAGGAGCUAACGCAUGUCUGUCACGCCACUGAAAAGAAGAUUCAGAAGAGGGAGAUGAAGAUAUGCGCGCUGGCAAAGGAGCUCACAGAGAGUAAGAAGCAGCACUCUGAAUGUCAGAAAGAGUUGCUCCGAAGAGAGAAGGCUUCGGAGAAACUGAGCGAGGAGAGGGAUGAGCUGAGAGCCAAGAUGGAGGACCGGAGCAGAGAGUUUGUCCACCUCGACCAGACCAAAGAGAGACUGGAGGCUGACUUGGCCCUGAGCCACGAGAAACUCCACACCUCGCACCUGGAGGUUCGAAGCAGAGAUCAGUUGAUUCUGCAGUUAAGAGCUGAAAUGAAGACGGCUGAACAGAAGCAUCAAAGGAAACAGGAGCAGGUGGCAGCACUGGAGGGCGAGGUUAGACGCUUGAAACACAAGGUCAGAGGACACCAGGAAGAGACGUGUCUGCUAAGCGAAAAGGUCAGAGAUAUCGAGCGCCUCGCGGACCAGAAAGAGAAAGAACAGCAGCAGCAACAUGAUCAGCUCCGUAUUGGUCAGCAACAGGUCGAGACAUUCGAAGGGAAGCUAAAAGAGCAGGAGGUCGAGAUGGAGCUUCUUCAUCAGCAGCUGAAAGGAGCCAAGGAGGAGCUGGGAGAUGCCAGUUUACAAGCCCAGGAGCAGAAAGAAACAGUAGCCAUUUUUAGACACAAGUACACCGCAGCAAUAGAGAAGGUGCAUAGGGUGCAAGGGCAGGUGGAGCUUUUGGAAGAGGAGCUACGAUAUUCACAGCAACAGCUGAGAGAGUCCCAACUGGCAACUCAUUCGGUGAAGGACGAGGUAGCCGAGAUGGAGAGGCGGUUUCAGGAAAAGGUCGGCCAGUGGGAGAACUCACAGGAGGCUCUUGACCAGUUGACGGAUGAGCUGCAGGCCAAUCAGAAUCUACUGAGGGAGAGUCAACAAAAAGAGGACCACCUUAAAGGCCUGAUAGGAUCCCUGCAGGAGCAGGCGGACACACUCAAACAGCAGAAACUGAUGUUGGAGUGUGACCUACAGCUUUAUCAACAGAGCCAUUCUCACUCUGACGAGGACUACCUCGGCCUGCUGAGACACAGACAGCAGCUGCAGAAGCGCUGCACUGAGCAGGUUGAGCGCCUUGCGGAGUGUGAAAAGGCUAUUCUUCAGAUGAAGUCAGAGCUGGAGAGACAAGCCCGGGAAAAAGCGGGUCUGAAGCAAAGUCUCGUUGCGUCCCACCACACACACAUGAGCAAUCACAGCCAGCUGGAACAGGAAGUGACACGCCUGAAAAAGGAAGCUACACGCUUAGAGCUCCAGCUGGCAGACACCCAAAAGGUACAUGUGACGCUCCUCAGGCAGUCAGAGGAGGAGCGGAAGGAGGCCGGACGAGAGGCGGCGAGGAGGAGCAGCGAGGUGGACGCGCAGAGAGGGGAGGUGCGGAGACUUCAGGGAGAGUUACUGAAGGGGGAGGAGAAGGCGAGGAGCGCCGUCAGAGAGAAGCAGACGCUGAGCGUUCGCGUCACGCAGUUGAGCCGAGAGCUGGAGGAGCUACGCCGCGAGCUGCAAGUGACAGUGGAGGAGUUGGCAGCCCGUGCAGAGGAGGCGAGGCGGAUGGAGGGGUGCUUGAAUGAGGGGAAGCUAGCAGAGGGGAAAAUAAGGUCAAUGGCUGUGAGGCUGGAGACGGAGGUGGCGGAGCUCAAGAGGAAUCUCCAGCAGGCUGUCGAUCACAAACUCGAGGCAGAGCGGGAGAAACAGGAUGCACAGGAGCAGGAGGACACACUCCGGUCGGAGCUGGAGGGGACGCGGUCCGACAACGCAAACCUUCGCCAUGAGAGCCAACUGGUCAUGACGAAUGUCAACCGUUGGAUUACUGAACAAAAGGCCUCCAGCGAGAGCCUCACUGCCCAGAUGAAGGCCCAAAACAAGGUGCUGAUCAUCGUCACUGAAGAGAAAGAACAUCUCCAGGACGCUAAUGACACAUUGAAGGCGGAGGUAAAGAGACUGAAAGAGGUGGCGGAUGAGAAGGAGAGAGACAUGGAGCGCUUCAAGGCCCGGAUCCGAGACCAGGGCAUCCUCCGGCGAGACGACAGAACCGUGGAGAAGCAGGGCCGCGUGGCUCUAAACCUCAGCAAAAUCGAGGACAUGCAGACUAGACUGCGAAGCAACCUGGAGGCCAUCGGAAUGCUAAAUCAACAAUUAAACUCCCUCAGCAGGGAGAAUAAGCGGUUGCGUAGGCAGCUGGAGGAGGAGAGGUCCAUGCGUAGACGAGUGGAGCAACUGCUCCCUCCUCCUCCUCCCACCUCCCAGCGGUGCUCCUCCGUCCACCUCCCCCUCUCCCUCAGUGCCCGCCCAGCUCCUCCCUACAUCUCCCUCCCUCAUCCCCUGAGCCUGGAUGCAGCGAUAGGGGACACUGACGGGAUUCUAACCCGAACCCAGCUGAGCUAAGCUCGGCCAGGGAGACCAGGUGAGUCCGAGGCUUCCGGUGAAGCCUUCUGGAUCAGGCCGGAUCUGGAAGACGCUCGGUCUGGGAGGACAAGCAGGGAUCUGAACAAAUGAAACCCCCUGAAGACUUUGACCUGUCAUGACUUUUUGACCCCAAGCUCCUCACCGGAGAGUGCGCUCAGUAUGAGGUUAAUGUCCUGCAGGUCAAAGUCAAGUCCCAGGGUGCUUAUCGCCUGAGGGUGGCUCCAGAACCGGCGAACGAUGGAAUUCCCUCAAAUCGUCAAAAAUCAACUCAAAUGUAGAGAUUUAAUCCAACACAUUUUUUAUAGAUUCUGACACUUAACAUAAAAAAACUGCAUUGCAUCCUCAAACCGCUGCUGAGCAGUGGCAGCUUGUAGCAUUAUAGCAAUUACUUCUUCAAAUAAUGAUCUUGUUUUGCAUCAAAACUGUAGCACUAAGCACUAACAUAUAUUUUGUCUGCACUUAUUCUGACAGUUCUGAUGAACUUUAAUCACUUUAACUCAACCUAAAUAGGCAAAUCAACUAAACAGAACAACUGCAAAGUGUUGACGAAUGUGUCUCACACCGGCGAAGAGUCGUUCUUUGGGAUAAAUGAGGGAGGGCACAUCAUCAGUAUCCGCAGGCGUACCUCACAUGUCGAUGUGGACGGCUGUAACACAGUCUCUGAUUACGCUGCAGCUGUGCGCCAUGUGUCCUGCAUCUACUGCGGUGGAUGCGGCCGCGUGUCUUUAUGUGCAGAGUACAUUAUGUGUCUGCGUGCUUCUGUCUCUCUGCAAGUGCCUGUGGGUGAGCGUGCGCUCGCGUGUGAUUGAGUAUAUUAGAUGUUUAUUAUCGUAGAUGUUUUUUUUUAUAUUUUUGUUUUAUACUUUAAAAACUAUUUAUUGAUUUGUCUGUGUGUUCGAGGCCCCCGUGUUGUAAAGACGGGAGAAUAAAAACAGAUACAUUUGUAAGCAGUCA